CAUGGCGGCGGCGGGUCCCGAGCGGCCGCGGCCCGCAGCGCUCACCCUGCUCGAGCCGGCGCCCGGCGCGCCCAGCUGCCCUCACGGUCCUGCACUUCUGUUUGUGAAGACCAGCCAAGGAAAGGAGGAAGGAAGAAGAUUCUAUGCUUGUUCGGCUUGUAGGGAUAGAAAAGAUUGUAACUUUUUUCAGUGGGAAGAUGAGAAGGUAAGAGAGCAGUGCUUGAGGCUAUGCUAAAGACUCAGGGCCACGAAGGUGGUCAGAGGUCUGGAUCACCUCUCCUAUGAGGAAGGGCGGAGAGAGUUUGGGUUAUUCAGCGUGGAAGAGAGAAGGCUUCCUCCGGGAUGUCCUUAUAGCAGUCUCCCAAUACCUGAAGGGGGGCCUCCAAGAAAUCUGGAGAGGGACUUUUUGCAAGGGCAAGUAGUGAAAGGACAAGGGGUGAUGGCUUUAAGCAUUAAGAGGAUAGAUUUAGGUGAGAUAUUAGGAAGAAAUUAUUUACUGUGAGGGUGGUGAGGCACUGGAAAAGUUGCCCAGAUAAGCUGUGGAUGCCCAUCCCUGGAAGUAUUCAAGGCCAAGCUGCAUGGGGUUUUGAGCUACUUGGUCUAGUGGGAGGUGCCCCUAGCCAUGGCAGAAGGCUUGGAACUACAUGUUCUUUAAGUCCCUUCCAGCUCAAAUCAUUCUAUGGUUUUAUGAAACACUGGUGAUUUUUUUCU